CUAAUUUCGCUCUUUUUCUUUAUGGCGAUGUCGGAUUUCUCUCUCCAAACACUGCUAUAACGAAGAUCAUUAGCCAGUGGAACAAUCAAAAAAAUUAAAGGAAAUAAAAAAACCAAAGCUUUCUCACAAUCUUUACUCCCAAAACAACUCUAUUAUAUGCCUCUGUCUCUCUCUCUCCCCUCCCACACAGCCCCCGCUCAAACAAAGUACAUUUUUUUCCUCCCCUUCUGGUUCUCCUCCUCCUCUCGUCCUCUCUCUCUCUCUCUCUCUCUCUAUCUAUCAUUCUCCUUCUUUUGACACUAUCCGCUUGCUGUUUGCCGGAAUUUCUCUGAGAAACCGCGGCUGAGCUUUGAUGACAUCGCCCUUGGAACACGACUACAUCGGCCUAACGGAGCUCUCCUCCAUGGAGAGCUCCGACAAGCUCUGCUCCUCCUCGUCCUCCCUCUCCGCCGAGGACGACACCAAGGUGGGCGCGCGCGCGCCGGCGCUCAACCUCAAGGAGACCGAGCUCCGCCUGGGGCUCCCGGGGUCCCAGUCCCCCGAGCGGGAGGACGGCCCAGGAUUGACCCUGGGGCUCCCAAAAGGCUUCGUCUCUGGCGCCAAGAGGGGGUUCUCGGACGCCAUUAAUGGUUCCGGCAAGUGGGGGUUCUCCGGAGGGAGUGGAUCCGAGGUGGAAUUGGGGAAAGGCGGCAACUUGUUCUCGCCCAGGGGGGAGAAUGGCGGGGGAAAGCAUACGGGGCCGGCGGGCUUAGUGAAGGAUGUCGGUGGGGCGGCGGCGGGGGUGGGGCAGGAAAAGAAGGCCCAGGCUUCGGCGGCUGGAGUUGCCCCUGCUGCAAAGGCACAGGUAGUUGGUUGGCCCCCAAUCCGUAGUUACCGGAAGAAUACAAUGGCUUCAAACCCAUCAAAAAACAAAGAAGAUACUGAAGGGAAACAAGGAACGGGAUGCCUUUAUGUCAAGGUUAGCCUGGAUGGAGCCCCAUAUCUCAGAAAAGUUGACCUAAAAAAAUACUUAAACUAUAAGGAGCUCUCGUCGGCACUUGAGAAGAUGUUCAGCUGCUUUACCAUUGGCCAGUGCGGUUCACAUGGAAUACCGGGCAGAGAUGGACUAAGUGAGAGCCGGAUGAUGGAUCUUCUUCAAGGAUCUGAAUAUGUCCUUACAUAUGAAGACAAGGAUGGUGAUUGGAUGCUUGUUGGUGAUGUUCCAUGGAAUAUGUUCACUGACUCUUGUAGGAGGCUCAGGAUCAUGAGAGGUUCAGAAGCAGUUGGAAUUGCCCCAAGAGCCAUGGAGAAGUGCAAGAGCCGGAACUAGCUGCAUUUUCAUCCUACAGCUAAGACAAGUGAAUCAAAUGUCUGCAGGGGCCCUUCUUAAAAGAUGUAAGGAUUCAUCCAAAGUGCUCUCUUUCUACCUUAUGGUUUGUUAUACAUGGAGUGAAACUAAUAUGUAACUUUCUAUUAUUUCCUAGCGACAUAAUGUUUAUUAGGUUGUGUCAGUCUCUGUUUCCUUUCCCCUUUCAUUUCUAUAUGUGUAAAUAAUUGGCUUGCUGUUUGUAACUGCUAUGUUUGAGCAUUGCUUCCUGUGUGCUAAUGACAAUUGCAGAUUUCUUCUCAUUUGGGUAGAUAAAAUUUUCA